UGCAACCAACUUUACAUACACACACACAAUCGUGAGAAUUCCCUCCUUUCCUCCUCCCUCCAUGCUCCUUCCUUCAGCAACUGUAGGAUGAGGCAUUUUCUUCUAUCUGGCUCAGGGUAAAAGCUUACCCUGGGGGUAUCAACACACAUCUGGCAGGGACUGAAAGGUUUUAAUCCAUCCUCUGCUGCAAUCAACAAUGGCAAAUGAACCAGUGAUUCUGAAUGUUUAUGACAUGUACUGGAUAAACGAAUACACCUCCACCUUGGGGAUUGGUGUCUUCCACUCUGGCAUCGAGAUCUACGGCAGAGAGUUUGCCUAUGGAGGGCAUCCCUACCCUUUCAGUGGGAUUUUCGAGAUCACACCUGGCAGUGCGGUAGAACUUGGCGAGACCUUUAAAUUCAAAGAAUCCAUUGCCUUGGGCACUACGGACUUCACAGAAGAGGAUGUGGAUAAGAUUAUGGAAGAGCUGGGCAAGGAAUACAAAGGAAAUGCAUACCACUUGAUGCACAAGAACUGUAAUCACUUUUCUUCUGCUCUGGCUGAGAUAUUGUGUGGGAAAGAGAUCCCUCGCUGGGUGAACCGCCUGGCCUACUUCAGCUCGUGCAUCCCCUUCCUCCAGAGCUGCCUCCCCAAGGAAUGGCUGACUCCAGCAGCCCUGCAGAGCCACAUCAGCCUUGGCCUCCACAAGGAGGAACAAGGGGACACAACGGAUGAGGAGUCCCCCUCCACCUCUGCAGCCCCCUCAGCCUCAGGCACAUCACGAACCUGUAGACAUACGCGGGUCUGAACUGCCCAGUUUGCCCCCAAAUAACAUCCCUGCUCUCUUCUUCUAUUUAUUUCUCACCCUUUCGCACACAUUGGUUUGUCUCUUCAACAGACAACACAGGGAGGGAAGACCCUUUCUGCUUCAGUCCCUUUUCCAAGGACUGCCACUACAGUUGCUUGGCAAAAUGACUGUGAACCCCAACACAGAACUGAGGACUGUGGUGACUAAACAGUAUUUUCUUCCAGGGGCCUCCAUGAUCCUUGAUGUACAGAGAACUGCUGACUCUCUCAGGCAUGAGAGCAUGUGUAUGGGCAGAGUGCACAUACUGUGAUGUUCCUUCUCUGGAACUGUUUUAUCUUUUUAUCUCUCCCUCUACCCAUUGAAGCCCAGCAGUCUCUUCUCUGUUUUGGCUGGGUUUUCCCAUCCCCAAUGAUAGAUCACCUGCCCACACCCAGUGAAGGAACCAGAGCCAGAACUCAACCUUCAUCUUUUAGACCAGCAACAAACUCCACUCAGAUCCGCUCCUUUUGUAAUUACCAGGUUUCUAACUCAUGUGAAGGACAAAUGAAAGGUGCUCCUGUUCUACAACCACCUGUUUUCAGUACUCAAAUUUAAGAGCUUGAAUGAUUGUCCUGCUCUUGAAAAUAAUAACAAAGAACCUAGAAAAUGAAUA